CGCGCGGGCUCACAUGACUGGCCGUGCGAUGGACCCGCUGCCCUCGGCGGCAGUCGCUGCGGCAGCUGAGGCGGAGGCUGACGAGGAGGCGGAUCCGCCGGCGACAGGCCCACAACCAUCCCAGGUCACUGAGCAGCAGGACCUGGACCCUGGGCGAAUGCAGAUGCCGCAGGGGAACCCGUUGCUGCUGUCCUACACCCUGCAGGAGUUGCUGGCCAGGGACACGGUGCAGGUAGAGCUCAUCCCUGAGAAGAAGGGCCUGUUCCUCAAGCAUGUGGAGUAUGAGGUUUCCAGCCAGCGUUUCAAGUCCUCUGUGUACAGACGCUACAAUGACUUUGUGGUCUUUCAUGAAGUGCUGCUUCACAAGUUCCCGUACCGCAUGGUGCCAGCCCUUCCACCCAAGAGAGUGCUGGGAGCCGACAGGGAGUUCAUUGAGGGCCGCCGGAGGGCCCUGAAGCGCUUCAUCAACCUCGUGGCACGGCAUCCGCCCUUCUCAGAGGAUGUGCUCCUCAAAAUCUUCCUCUCUUUCAGUGGCUCAGAUGUUCAGCACAAGCUCAAGGAGGCGGCCCAAUGCGUUGGAGAUGAAUUCACGAACUGUAAACUGGCUGCUAGGGCCAAGGACUUCCUCCCAGCUGACAUCCAGACCCAGUUUGCCAUGAGUCGGGAGCUGAUUCGAAAUGUCUACAAUAGCUUCUACAAGCUUCGAGACAGAGCCGAGCGGAUUGCGACCCGGGCCAUUGACAAUGCUGCCGAUCUUCUCAUAUUCGGGAAGGAGCUCAGUGCGUUAGGCUCUGACACAACCCCUCUGCCCUCCUGGGCUGCUCUGCACCUCAGCACGUGGGGCUCCCUGAAGCAAGCGCUCAAGGGCCUGUCCGUGGAGUUUGCGCUGCUUGCAGACAAGGCUGCUCAGCAGGGUAAGAAGGAGGAGAACGAUGUGGUGGAGAAGCUGAACCUCUUCUUGGAUUUGCUACAGUCCUACAAAGACCUGUGCGAGCGGCAUGAGAAGGGCGUGCUUCACAAGCAUCAGCGGGCAUUGCAUAAGUACGGCCUGAUGAAGAGGCAGAUGAUGAGCGCCGCGCAUGGCCGAGAGCCCGAGUCUGUGGAGCAGCUGGAGUCACGCAUCGUGGAGCAGGAGAACGUGAUCCAGACUAUGGAGCUCCGAAACUACUUCUCCCUGUACUGCCUGCACCAGGAGACGCAGCUCGUCCACGUCUACCUGCCUCUCACCUCGCACAUCCUGGGGGCCUUCGUGAACUCCCAGAUCCAAGGGCACAAGGAGAUGAGCAAGGUUUGGAAUGACCUGAAGCCGAAGCUGAGCUGCCUCUUUGCUGGACCUCACAGUGUGCUGACACCACCGCGCUCCCCACAGGAGGAUGGCGUGUGCUCCCACUAGUGGCAAGGCCCACAGCAGAGCUCCCUGUGGCCUCACUAAAACCUCUUUGCAAACAAUGUGUCCCUGGCUGAUUUCCUCCAGGCAGCAGCCACUGCCCCGAGCUGCCUGUGGGCUGUGCUGGUGGUCUUUGUGGCGUGGCUCCCUGCUCCUGGACAGGAGGUCUAUGUGCCCCCAGCCUGCCCCAUGGCCUGUUGAUCGGGUCAGUAGUGGGAAAUUAGGAUGCAUUGGAAUGGAUUGUGCCCAAUGCCCACAGUGUGAAGGGUCACCAAGUGCUGGGGAGCCUAGGGGCUAACCUAGCAGCAAAGAGGUGUGGGGCCGGCCUGCCCUGUGACCUGGCCAGGAGCUGGCCGGUCUCUGAGGAUGGAUCUGUGAUGGCAGAUGAGGGCCUGGAAGGUGUAUUAGAGGCCAGGCAGGAAGUAUGAUGCCCAGUGGUUUGGUGCUUUGGAGGAAAUGUCUCAUUCCAGUGCUGUCUGUGGAGCCCUGUUCCAAGGCCUCUUGAGGUGCACCGUAGAUGAGGGCUCAGGGUCCUUUCUUGUGUUAGGUUUUGUAGGGUGGGAGUGAGGAGGGGUUAUGGAGGAGCACUGGAGAUGGGCAUCCCUGUUGGGUGCCCAGGCCUCAGGGUCAAGAGUGUGGGUCACUUCCCCCAGGCUAUCAGGCAGCAGGUUCCAGCUGGAUGUGAACUGCCUCCUAACCAGCCUGCUGCCGCUCCAGUGCAUCCCCCCCACCUCCCCACCUCCGUGCUGUGCUUUUAGUGCUCUACUCCCCCCAGCCUGGCGAUAGAGCCUGCCUUCUCUCACAUAGUCACUCCCCUGCCUGGCUGUGGGUACCUAUCUCCAAACUUGAGGUUCCAUCCCCAGGGUGCAAGGGAACCAAGAGUCCCUGCACCCCUCUGGCAUCCUGCUGCCCGAGCCUGUGUGCCACACCACAGCCAUGCUUGGGGCUGCCAGAAAGAUGGGAAGCACAAGCAUCGAUGGAUCUCCCCCCUCCCCCUUUUCCUGGGCCGAGCAGGGGCCAGCUUCAGCCUUAACUGGACAGUCCGGGGCCAGCACAAUGGGAGCAAAGGGAGAACACCUUUGGGUGUUUCCUACUCAGUGUUAGCCUGCCUGGCUUAAGAGGCAAGGCAGAGGCAGCAGGGCUCCGAGACAUUUCUGUGGGGACUUUAAGGGAUUAGUCAGGAAGCUGGUGCUGUGGGAUUCCGCUCGCUCGAUGAAUGAAGCACUUUAUGGACUGCGGGAAUCAGUUACUGCCACACCCAAUAAACUGGAAGUGUUUACAGAUGGUU